UCAGCAGCAGUCGUUCUGGUGGGACUACCGUCCUGCUCCUUUGCUUGGCUUGCAGUCUUCACAGCACCUCUUGUUUUUGUGUGUGUGUGAGCCGCCGCUUGGACACUUCACGCGACUGGAGAAAUUCACGGAGAAAUUAGCUCGUCGGCUUCGUGGGAAGAGCGAAGGACAAGUUGUGGACGAAUGAAGAGACGUUGUUUUGAGAGGAAGGAGGCAGACUGCCUGGCUGUCUUUACUUCCAACCAGCGUUAAAGCUACUUUGAUGCAGCCGCUUAGCUAACAAGCUAACUGUGAAUGUUUUCAGAAACUAGCCAGUCUGUUAGCUUGCUAGCUAGCCAAAUCGGAUGGGCAACUUCGCUGUAUAGAUUUAGCAAAGGGUUAUAAUGGUAACGUUACGUUUAUCUUCCGGUACGUUGAGUGAAAGAACUGUGGCAACGUCUCAAACUGGGUAUGUUGAAUGUUUAGGGCUCCAAUGCCCGCUUGGUUGCUAAUUUCCAGAAGGGACAAUAGUUAACAGUCCAGGCAACAAGUCUGGCACACACUGCUGCUGUAACGUUACCCAAGUUUGUACUCAUUGUGUGCCAUGUUAUUAGUGGCAGUUUGGGUCUACUUAGCCAAACAUGAGCACUGUGUGGUGAAAAUGAGCGUUUGAGCACCGUAUAGAUGAGGGUAUACAAAGGGGUGCCACUUUAACGUUAGAUCCCCGUUUCCAAGUGGAUCGGGUCCCUGUUGUACAGUAGAAACUGAUAGUCGACACAACUAUUGACGAGGAGGCGAGGUGGAUGAACAUUAUAAAUCGCCCACAUGCUUUGGAUCAGUUCCCGGACUUGCGAAAGGUAUCUGAAGCAGAAGGUGGGAGACGUGAGCGCACAGCCCUUGCAGCCCGGGGGAAGAUGGCGGAGCGUUCCCGCAGGAGGUGGUGAAGCCAAAACUUGGGGACUUCUUGGAUUUAUCGCCAGACAUCUUAUCCCAGAUCGUAGGACACAUGCAGGCCAAAAAACGGUACUUAACUCUGUUCUCCGCCGGCGCGUGUCUCCUUCUCUUGUUUUGUUUUGGGGGGAUACAAGUCCCGCUAUCCAGACGGGGUCCCAGCCGGCGUGAUGACCGCAGCCUCACCGGUUAUCACCCCGGGGCGCGGUGGCGUCGCUUCCCGGGGCCCCUGCAGCCUUUCAGCUCCUGGGAGCAAGACCGGACUGAUAAUCACAAUGAACACAUAUCUCCAAGACAGAAGAGGGACGCCAACUCAGGCGUUUACACUGGAAAACGCUGCAGAAUGGACUCCUGCUUUGAUUUCUCCCUUUGUAGGAAGAAUGGGUUCAAAGUUUACGUCUACCCCCAGCAGAAAGGGGAGAAGAUGUCAGAGAGCUAUCAGAACAUCUUGUCCUCUAUUGAAGGAUCCAUGUUCUACACACCCGACCCAGGACAGGCAUGCCUGUUUGUCCUGAGUUUGGACACACUGGACCGGGACCAGCUUUCACCCCAGUAUGUGCACAACUUGAAAGCAAAAGUCCAGAGCCUUCAUCUGUGGAAUGGGGGCAAAAACCACAUCAUCUUUAACUUAUACUCUGGCACCUGGCCAGACUACACAGAAGAUCUUGGCUUUGAUAUCGGCCUCGCCAUGCUGGCCAAGGCCAGCAUCAGCACCGAGAACUUUAGGCCCAACUUUGACGUUUCUAUCCCUCUUUUCUCUAAAGACCACCCGAGGACAGGAGGGGAAAGGGGUUACCUGAAACAUAACACCAUCCCCCCUUAUAGGAAGUACAUGCUUGUUUUUAAGGGGAAGAGGUACCUAACUGGAAUAGGUUCAGACACAAGGAACGCUUUAUAUCAUGUUCAUAACUCAGAGGAUGUGGUCCUCCUCACCACCUGUAAGCAUGGGAAGGACUGGCAGAAGCACAAAGAUGCACGCUGUGAUAAAGACAAUGCAGAGUAUGACAAGUAUGAUUACAGAGAGAUGCUAUACAACUCCACGUUCUGCCUGGUACCUCGAGGACGACGGCUGGGUUCUUUUCGCUUCUUAGAGGCUUUACAGGCAGCUUGUGUGCCAGUGAUGCUAAGUAAUGGCUGGGAGCUGCCCUUCUCAGAGAUCAUCGACUGGAAUACGGCAGCUGUGAUUGGGGAUGAAAGGCUGCUACUACAGAUCCCCUCAACAGUGCGCUCCAUCCACCAGGAUAAGAUCCUGUCCCUUAGACACCAGACCCAGUUCCUAUGGGAGGCUUAUUUCAACUCUGUGGAGAAGAUAGUACUGACCACACUGGAGAUCAUCCAGGACCGGGUACUGCAGCACACAUCAAGGAGUAACCUCAUGUGGAACAGUCUGCCUGGAGGUCUUUUCACCCUGCCUCAGUACUCUACAUACUUGGGAGACUUCCCCUUCUACUACGCUAAGCUGGGUAUUAAACCAUACACCAAGUUUACAGCAAUCAUUUAUGUGGUGAGCCCACUGGUCUCCCAAUCCCAGCCAGUCAUGAAGCUGCUUAUGGCCGUGGCCAAAUCUCAGUACUGUGCUCAGGUGAUAGUUCUGUGGAACUGCGACAAGCCUCUUCCUGCCAAGCACCGCUGGCCCGUCACAUCAGUCCCUGUCAUUGUUAUAGAAGGCGAAAGCAAGGUAAUAAGCAGUCGUUUUCUGCCCUACGACACCAUCCCCACUGAUGCUGUACUCAGUCUGGAUGAGGACACCGUGCUCUCCACCACAGAGGUGGACUUUGCCUUCACAGUAUGGCAGAGUUUCCCAGACCGCAUUGUUGGUUACCCAGCCCGCAGCCACUUCUGGGACAGCAACAAGGAGCGCUGGGGGUACACGUCCAAAUGGACCAACGACUACUCUAUGGUGCUGACUGGGGCUGCCAUUUAUCACAAAUACUACCACUACUUGUACACCACCUACCUUCCAGCCAGUCUGAAGGCCAUGGUUGACCAGAUGUCAAACUGUGAGGACAUCCUGAUGAAUUUUCUGGUGUCCUCUGUGUCUAAACUACCACCCAUCAAGGUCACCCAGAAAAAACAAUACAAGGAGACUAUGAUGGGACAGAGCUCCCGGGCGUCUCGCUGGGCUGACCCGGACCAUUUUGCCCAGCGUCAGACCUGCAUGAACAAGUUUGCCAGCUGGUUUGGCACCAUGCCCCUGGUCCAUUCUCAGAUGAGGCUGGACCCAGUGCUGUUCAAAGACCAGGUGUCCAUACUGCGGAAAAAGUACAGGGACAUCGAGAGGCUAUAACCCUCCAAAGCCCCCUCGCUCUCUGGACACAACAAAGACAGAGCGAAGGGGCGGACACGUUGAGAAACGCAGAGCCUUCCAUGAGUGCAUGGCUGCAUCAAUGGAGAAGCAAGUGGGAUUGAGUACAGGGAGAGAGGAGGAAAAAGAAACUGGAACAGAUGUGGAGGACGCCACAUUCGUUGUGUCCAUUUCUCCUUUCUACCCUUUCUCUUUUGUGUUUUGGGGGAUAGCUGAGCACACAGUCCCUCUAUAUACACUAUGACUACCACCGACUGAAGGACACCUGAGGACUUUAAAACUGCUCGACUUUGAACAGAAGUGGUCAAAGUCAUGGAGUUGAAAAUCAUAGCUUGCUGCUUCAGUGUCCCAACAGUGGCAAACCACUCUCAACUCCAACCCAUUGAGAAAAAAAAGACUGUCUGUUCUGCUCUGUACACUCUACACAGGCUCCUGAACAUUUUUUGCUGAAAGAAUAUUAUUGAUAAUUAUGACUAUGAAGAGGUAACACUAUUUUGGAUUGUGUUUAGCUAUUUUUUUUAUACAGUGAAUGAAUGGCCAGCACUGCUCUCUCUGUAUUGUCUUAAUUAAAACCAAUAACAGGGCGGGUGAAGAGAGGAACGACAACCCCUCAACCACAGAACUGAGUUAUGAUCGUUGAUCUGAUAUUCACAGUGCCUCAAGUUUAUCUACUGGCGUUGGGAUCUGGGAGUGUGAGUAAAAGACAUGGUGCAGAAUGAGCACCUUGAUCUUGCUGCUUUGUUUUUGUUUUUCAUGAUUUGCUUUAUAAUUAAUGGAAUAAUGGAUCUUGUAGUGAAUUCUUCAGGUCAGCAUUCACAUUUCUUCCUUGCUGAAAUAUAAUGAAAAUUGAUUUUCAUCCAGUUGAUUAAAUUAUCAUUGUGUGU